AUGCCAAAGUCUUUGGUGUCGACACUGGUUGAAGUGUAUUUCAACACUGCUUACAAUGCUCCUCUCAUGUCGCAUAAGGGAAAGUUCAUUGCAUCGCUUGAUGCGGGUACAGCUCGUCCACAUACAGUUCUGAGUUUUUGCGCCUGGGGUGCCAAUUUCUACCGUGAUGAAAAUGGCAAAGGCUUUCUGAAUGACCAUGGUUUCGUUCAAGUCUGGGCCCAGAAGGCUGCUCAGAUGGCGUUCCGAGAAGUUGAGGAAUUCUCUGAUGACACCGCUGUCACGUUUCUCUGUCUGGCUCUUCUUUGGCAUAGCCAGGGCUCUUGGAGGAAUACAUAUCUAUACUUUGGUAUUGCAUAUCAAAUGUUCACAGUAAUGGGUCUCGGGUCGGAUUCAACCAAUAUGGACAAUUCAUGGGAAGCCGAGUCACGUCGUUGUCGAGUCUGGGCAUGCUAUCUAAUGCACUGUCACGACAAUGGAAAGUUGUCUAGCUUCGAACCGAUAGCUCUGUCACCGAAUUUACCAUUACCGUGGCCCGAGGAAGACUUCAAAGCGGGCAGCAGUGAAAGCAAUCCGGUAACACUCACCUCGUCAGAGAGCAAUGGGGGGAUUUAUGCGGAGCUUGUUAAAGUUUUGACUCUUUGGACUUCUGUCAUAGCCUGCAUCAAAUCAUCAGACACCAAUUUCGCCAAUAUUAUCGCGGGAAUCCAAGUCUUGGACGAGAGUUUAGUGAAAUACUGGCGGAAUCUACCACAGUCUCUCAAGUUGACGCCCUCUAGUGUGUCAACAACGGACCCAUUUUGGUUGCCAAAGAUUCUUCUUUUGAACGUGGUGUACCACCAAAGCUUCUGCACCCUUCACGCUUCGAUCGUACCACUUUUCUGCUGGACCAAAGAAGAUGAAGACUGGUCAUUAGCGCGAAGAUCUUCGGCGCAAAUUGCAUAUGAACACGCCUGCUCCGUUUCUGAGCUGAUAAAUGCUGUUGUCGCUCACAGUUCCAACCUCACCAACAUGCCGACGUUUGUUGCCUACUCAGCUUAUUGUGGAUGCGCGAUUCAAAUACCGUUCAUGUGGUGCGCAGAUGCAACUGUGAGACAACGGGCGCAUGUCAACGUAAGAGCAAACAUCAAAAUCAUCAAGGCAAUGGCACCAUACUGGAAAUUUGCUGAUUUACUGCGAGUGCACGUUGGAUGUCUGUACAACAUCCACCGAAGACGUCACAUUGUUCUUGAAGGCGAACCUAUGAGUGUGGACAUCCAAAAACUUACUAGCAACAGGAUCAAUGCUAGAUACGCCCGCACAUCAAUUUUAGAGUUCAAUGGCGUUCUAUGGAAGAAAGGAGGUGGGCUCCCCGUUUCAGAUCAAGUGCCUAAGAAUCUAGACAUAGACGAUGAGGGCUUAAGUGGAGGAUCGCGAGCACGUUCGCUCGACUUGCCAUCGGAUCGCUAUGAAGCCGAAACAUUCGCACAAGAGUCUACGGGUCAUUCCACCAACCAGCCAAUCUCCACGGAUGGAUUCGUAAGAGGACCGCUGUCAAACUCUGCAGCGCAAGCAUCACAUCUGGAGGGGUCGCAAUAUCUCCCUGGCACGCCAAAUAUUUUCCCUUCCCAGCAACCAGAUGCCCCCGAGCUCGAAUAUCAGACUCUGGAUGUAUUUCAGCCCUUCUCAGACCCUGCAAUGCUAGACCUCUUCCCUAAAGGCGACAUUCCAGAUCUUUCCGAGUUUGACACGAACCUCCUGGAUGUGGAUUACUUUGAGCUUGAGGCUUGGACAGACAACCCUGGAGAUAUGAUUGGGUCAAGGCAUGAUUCUGCGGCUUCGUGGAACUUAUAGUGGGCGAUCUGUUCUUCAGUGGUGUUGGAGAUAGGCGAUAGGCACUGUCUGAUAUUUGGUACUCAUUUCGCAACAGCGUCCGAGAGGGAGG